UUGUUGUUUUUGUCACAGGUUUUCGCUUAGUUCAUUCGUCUAAGAACACUAUUUACAAUGCUAAAGUAAUAAAACUUGAAUAAAACCAGGAAAUUGAAAGCUCACGGGAGUCGAGACAAUAAUUAAUCAUUAUUUAAAAUCCCAUCCAAUCCGACUUUUCCUUGUCUACAAUGCUAUACUUUAGUGGUGUACUAAAGGUGUACUCAAAAGACCUAAUUAUAAAAUAAUUUAAAACUUUUAAAAAUCGACAAAAUGGAUCAACAUAUAUGCCGUUUAUGUAACGAAAACAUUGGUGUUAUUUCGCUAUUCGACGUUUUGGACGGUGAAACGCAAUUGAGCGCGAAAGUAAAUUACUGUGCUAAGGUGGAAGUAGUUGAGGGCGACGGCCUACCUGCCAACAUUUGUGUGUGUUGUGAGGAGAAUCUCGCGUCUACGUACCUCUUCGUUCGAAAAUGUCAAGAAACGGACCUAAAGCUCAGGUCUCUGCAGCUCACUGUCAAACAGGAGUGUGAAACCAUACGUAUUGUAAAGGUAGAGACAGUCUGCGAUAAUGAGGAUGAUAGUUUUCCACCAGACAAUAUUUUUGAAGAUCCCUGCGAUUCUCCACUGGAUAGUGUCAAGCCGGAUGAGGAGCAUCCAGUGAGGACAAAACGGAAAUAUGUAAGAAGAAGUACUGUUAAAAGAGAAUCAACAAAGGGUGACCCCAUCAAGUGCAAAGUUUGUAGACGCAAGUAUGCUAAUCGAUCAACACUAGCAAUACACAUGAGGUCACAUACCAAUGAAAAGCCUUUCGAUUGCCCUUCAUGUGUCAAACGGUAUAAAGAUGCUGGUGGUUUGAAACGGCACAUCGAGAGAAACCACAACGGUGACAGGAAGAAGGCUUUCAUCUGUGAACACUGCGGUAAGGGUUUCUACUCCAAAACAGAUUGUAAGAUUCACAAGCGAGUACACACUGGAGAAACACCUUACGCUUGCACCCACUGUCCCGCACAGUUUACCCAAGUGGGAUCCUUGCGCAGGCACAUCCUGACCCACACCGGCGAGAGAUCGCACAUGUGCUCUAAAUGUUCCAAAAAGUUCCCCACUAACCAGCAACUGAGAAAGCAUUACCUAGUCCACACCAAUGACAAAAACUACAAGUGUCCCAUCUGCGACAUGCCCUUCAAGUACAACAAUAACAUGCAGAAGCAUAUAAGACUGCACAUGGAUGGAAUGUUCAAAAAGUUCAUAUGUGACAACUGUGGCCAGAGCUUCAUGACCAAAGGAGGUCUACAAUCCCACAUAAAAAGACUGCAUUCAGCCACAUCUGGAUACUGCAGUCAGUGUUCCAAGCAUUUUUCCAACUUGGAAAUGCACAUGUGGAAGCAUGCAGGCGUGCGCCCCCACAAGUGUGAGCUUUGCCCCAAAAGUUUCUUCGACUUGAGAGGUCUAUCCUACCAUGUCAGCUUCCGGCACAAGUGUGCAGACAAGUUCCAGUGCAUGAUGAACGAUUGCACGGCCAAGUUCCCCGCUCAAGCCAUGUUGGACUAUCAUGUAGCAAGAUACCAUAAAUCAAUUAAACCAUUUUCUUGUGAUAAGUGUCCAAGACGUUUUUAUAGACUAAGUGAUAUGGUGAGACAUAAAAGAGGCACUCACAAAUAACCUUUAAAAUUUAUAGUGUUUAAAGCAUCCCAUGCUGACUCAAUAUGAUUGUAUUCCAUCAUCCACACUAAUGUUAUAAAAAUUAAUAUAAUGCAGUAUUCUUAUUUUUUCACAAGAACCAACCUUGAUGUUAAGUACGAAAAAUAGAUUUCAAUUCAAUAUAAUAUAAAUCAUCUGUAUUCAAUGAUUAUGACAUAAUAUUUUCACAUAGGUAUUUACUACAAUAAUUUAAAGAUUAUUAUCGACUGUUAGCUACAGUAAUAAAAGAUAAACUGUGAAAACAAAGUGAAUAUUAAAUAAGAAAUAAUGUAAGAAUUAAAUAAUUUACUGAGUGAAGUGAAUUUCAUCACACAUUAAAUAAAAAAGUAUCAUUACCUUA